AUGGCCGACGCAGGCAUUGCAGUUCCCGCCGAAAAGAAGGCCCCUCCCAAGUUCAAGCAGAGGACCACUCGUACCUUCAAGAGCAAAGCCCCUAAACCCGGCCAGAAGGGAUUCGGAGACGAAAUCCCCGGCAUGGAGGGUCUGGGCACAGACAUCACCGUGAUCUGCCCAUGGGAAGCCUUCGGGGACAUGGAGCUCAGCGACCUGGCCAAAUAUGGAAUCGUCUAG